UUUUAAGAAAAGUUUAUUAUUAAAAUCUUGACAUCCCCAUCUCUCUCUUAAGGGUCUCUGCGACCGAAAUUACUUUUGAAUUCAAUGUGUCAUGGCUAAGUAGUUGUUCUCCUUGAAUCUCCAAUCCAAGUCCAGAAUUUUGGCACAGUUUGACAGCAUUUUCCUCUUUCACUCUCUCUACAGUCGAUUGGGUAAGAACAGAAAGUGGAAACUUGCGCCGCGCCUCUUAAAAUGCUUCAUCUCUGAAGCAAUUUGCUUACUCUGCAGUUGUUAUAGAAGGUUGUGGCCAAGCAAAGACAUUUGUGUUCUUUUCAAGUUUAAACAAUGUUGACGAUGAGGAGAAAACUUGCCUGCUGCACUCGUAACAGGGAGAUAAGUCUCGACUUUGAUGAACAAGAAAAAAUGAUGACAUACAAUGGUCUGGAGAGCUGCAUUCUCAACAGUAAUUCUUGCGAAAAUGAAAGUUCCACAAGCAGAGGAGAUGGAUGCGCCACUGACUCUUUGGACGAGGAUGCGUCAAGUUGUUCUUCAAGCAAUUACAUUUUCGGUUCAUUCUCUUCUCACUCGUUAAUAAUGAAGAGGGACGACGAUCUUCGAUCGGACGAAUGGGAAGUUGUUAAGGAAACUCCGAAAAAAUUCUCUAGUAACGUUCAUAUUGCAGAUGUGGAAACAAUGAAAGUGACGUUUGCAAAGUUGUUAUUAGGAGAAGAUAUAACUGGGGGAAGACAAGGUGUUUCCAGUGCUCAUGCUUUGUCUAAUGCCAUAACCACUCUUUCGGCAUCGCUCUUUGGGGAGCUCUGGAAAUUAGAGCCAUUGGUCGAUGAAAGAAAGGAAAAAUGGCACAGAGAAAUGGAUUGGCUACUUUCACCCACAAACUAUAUGAUCGAAUUAGUCCCAACCAAACAAAAUGGAACCAAUGGCCGUAUUUUUGAGAUCAUGUCUCCAAAAGCUCGCGCCGACAUCCAAAUUAAUCUUCCUGCACUUCGAAAGCUCGAUUCUAUGCUUAUUGAGACCCUUGAUUCGAUGAAUACCACUGAGUUUUGGUAUGAAGAAAGUGGAACUAGAGCCGGAGGUGAUUUGAAUAGAAGCGAGAGACGAAGCAAAAGGUGGUGGUUGCCAUUGCCACAAGUACCAGCAGGUGGUCUUUCUGAGACUGAAAGGAAGAGACUGAUAUACCAUGGUAAAAUUAUUCGCCAAGUAUUUAAGGCUGCAAGAUCCAUCAACGAGUCUGUUUUGCUUGAAAUUCCCGUUCCAGCUAUUAUCAUAGAUGCAAUCCCAAAGUCUGCAAAAGCAAAUCUUGGUGAGGAACUCCACUAUAAACUCAUGAACAAAGAUGAAAUUUCGGUUUCAGCUGAGGAAUUGCUUAACUCCCUCAACUUGAAAUCUGAGAAUGGUGCUCUUGACACAGUUAAUAGGUUGGAAGCUGCAGUAUUGGUAUGGAAAGAGAGGAUGACUAAUCAAGCUAAUGGAAAGUCUCCUGUUCGCACUUCAUGGUCUUCCUUCAUGAAGGAUCCAUUAGCCGAACUAGACAAGAUCGCGUUUCUCGUAGAUCAAGCCAAUGCUCUUAUUAAACAGCUUAAGAUCAAAUAUCCGAACCUUCCUCAGACAUUUAUUGAUGUAGUUAAAAUUCAAUAUAGCAAGGAUGUUGGGCAUUCAAUUUUGGAAGCAUAUUCUAGGGUUCUUGGGAACUUGGCGUACCGAAUACUUUCAAGAAUAACUGACAUUCUUCAGGAAGAUAUAUUGAGUAAUCCAAAUUCUCCAGUUCCAGCAUAUGGCUUUCAGGGAAUUGAUUUUCCUGAAAUAUCAGCUAGCCCAAUUGUUGGUCAAAGGGCGAGGCAUUCGCUGAUUGAUCAGAUGAACCAGGCCGGUGGUGAUGUCAAAAGCUUAAAUAAUAUGAACAAGGAUUUUGUUAUGGGAAUUUCAUGCGAUGAACUGAAGACUGGUUCAGAAAACACUUAGUCUGAGCCGAGGGGCUUGCAUAAUGUAUAAUGUUGUUGUGCAAGUAAUAGCAUACUAGAGUUUUGUUUAUGUAAAUACUCAAAUGGGUUUCAUUCAACUUAUGGUUUGAAAUUUGAACUCAGCUGCUUGAGAAAAAUAUAAAUACUAACUAAUAUGAAUAUGGGCAAGGCCAUUUGCUUUCU